AUGAUUGCUAAGUCCAAGACCAAAGAAGAGCAUGUUGAGUAUUUAUUAAAGUUGUUUCAACGUUUGAGGAAGUACAAACUCCAUCUGAACCCCAACAAAUGUACUUUCGGUGUCCGUUCAGGAAAGCUACUAGGCUUCAUCGUCAAUCAGCAAGGUAUUGAGGUGGACCUUGACAAAGUGAGAGCCGCUCAAGAAAUGCCUGCACCAACAACAGAGAAACAAAUGUUGUUGUCAGAAUACGAUAUUGAGUACCAUACCCAGAAGGCAAUAAAAGGAAGUAUAUUGGAUGAACAUUUAGCUCACUGGCCAAUUGACGACUAUCAAUCCAUUCAAUUUGACUUCCCUGAUGAGGAUGUAAUGUACUUGAAAGCAAAAGAUUAUGAUGAACUGUUGCCAAGUGAAGGACCAGAUCCAGAAUCACAUUGGGGUUUGAUAUUUGAUGGAUCUGUUAAUGCUUAUGGAAAUGAAAUUGGGGCAGUCAUUGUCACUCCUCAAGGUUCUCAUAUUAUAUUUACCGCAAGAUUGACAUUCACUUGUACGAACAACGUGGCAGAAUAUGAAGCGUGCAUUAUGGAUCUGGAAGAGGCUAUCGACUUGAGAAUCAAAAUUUUGGACGUAUAUGGAGAUUCAACUUUGAUAGUAGAUGCUCUGGCAACUUUAUCCUCCGUGAUUGUUGUGAACCGGUGGAAUGAUGUGCCUACAAUAAAUAUUAUGCGCCUCGAUAGACCUACUCAUCUGUUUGUCACAGAAGAGGUAAUUGAUGGUAAAACAUGGGAUGAUUCGGUUUAUAUAUGGGGAGGUUAUGUACCAAAAAACUUAUUCAAGCAUUAUAAUGAGUCGGGUUUGCGGGCGGUUGUAGCUGUUGGGGGUGGAAGGAAGUGGGCGGCGAAGUUUGUGGUCCCUCUGAGUAUGAGCUGGCUCGGAUUGCAUAAUCAGUCGGUUAGAAUCGGAUCAUUCCCAGAUUUGGUGGGGACCAAAUACGUGACAGGAUCUCAUUGGCGGCAUGACAAGUCCUUAUUCUCUGCCUUGGUUGUGAAGCGGCUUACGUUUUGA